GAAUUUACACCUUCGAUUGUCCAUUAUUUGAGAGCCUUGUUACCAUUCCGUUUUCCCAUGCGAUCACUUGUCCUUUUCAAAAUUUCAGCUGAUCUAUUUACACAUUUCGAUGGGCUAAAACUUCAACAAAUUCGAGCGUGACGUGUAGGAAACUGAAAACAGAAGCAUCUCACGACGAUCUGGAGGGCCGCAUUGAGGUGGGUUUGAAACAAAGAUUUGAUUAAUGCUGUUGGAUCUUGUGAGUACUUUCUUUCAGGUUAAUACCAGCUGAAAAGGGCUUGGGACAAUGGUUUGAUACUGAUCGGCAAGGUGGGGUUCUAACAAAUAGGUCAUCAACGGUGUUCCAUCAAUUGGAUACUCAUUUUUCUGUCCAAAACAGCUGUAAAGAUCUCAGGAUAAGAUUUUCAGAAUGGAUCAUUGCAGUGGAUUUGGAAGAGGAAUUGUCAAUUUAGAGCAGGCGAAUUCUUGUUUUGUACUUCGGAAAAGCUGAAAAUCCUAGAGGGUUUUGUAGAGUGGAACUGUGGUGGGUUUGGGGGUAACAAAUAUGGGGGACCUCAUUACAGCGCUGGAACCCUCUGGAGGCGAAGGAAAGCUGAGCUUUGAUACUGUUCAUAUUGCAGAUGUUAAGGCCUGGCUUAAUUCUGUCUUUGAUGCUGCUGGUAGAGAAGUUCCAGAGUUUGAGUACACUCCUCGGACUGUGGCUCAUCUUCACGCUGUCGCUACUGUCUCGCAGGCUCGCACUCAAGCUGCAGCAAUUCUCGCUUCGGAUCUGCGCCAGAAAGCUCAAGAAUAUCGGAGUCAAGCUGCAAGAUUAAGGGAGAUUUUGGAUAGUGCAGGAUUGGCCCAUGAAAACCUCUCUCCAAGUGCUGCAACAUCUUCCCAGAUGCUUGCAAGUGUUUCAAACCUGUUGAAUAUCAAAGACACUGAAAUGAGCAGUUUUCUUGUUGCAAUGGGAGACAUUUCUUUGAGAAAAACUGAUGUGGAAGAAAAGAGGGCCAAGGCACAAAAGGAAUCAAGGAUUCUUCUUGAGAAUACUCGUAAGGCAAUAGCUAGGUUGACUUACUUAAAGAGAACACUUGCACAGUUGGAAGAAGAAAUAGCCAGCCGUGAGGGUCCAAUGAUGCAGUGGCAGACAAAUUUGAAGAUAAUGGUUUCAAAAGAGCGCCAAUACUUACAACAACUGUCAAACUACAAGGCAUUGCUGAACCGAGUUGGAUAUACUCCAGAAAUCAGUCAUGGUGUGUUAAUGGAAAUGGUUGAACAUCGGAAUGAACUAGAGAGAAAGACUAAACCCAUUUUGGAUACCUUAAGAAGUUACCAAGAUUUGCCACCUGACAAAGCACUUGCUGCUUUAGCCAUUGAGGACAAGAGGAGAGAAUAUGCAGCAGCAGAAAAGUACCUUGAGGAGGCGUUGCAUUCUGCUCUGAAUACUCCAAAUGAAUAAGUGGGUGAUUAUAAGAUUGGAUGAUUACAAGUUGACAGUUUCCAAAUGUGAUUAGUAUAUGAUAUAUGUGUAUAUGCAAGAUUCUCUUGCCCUGAUCAAAGGAUAGACUUUUGCAAGCAAAAGUAUUGUUCAAAUUGAUGCUACUUCAAAUAUAUAUUUUGUCUUUGUCUGCAAUCCAUUUCUUCAUUUGUCCUCUUCCUGAUGAUGGAUUGUUGAGUGCAAUCCGAAACAUUGAUUAAAAAAUAUACACAGUUUUUUCCAGAAACUCGUGCACAUAACUUCAUGGACUGUGGAAAGCUCAUGUCUUCCAUAUAUUGUUUUAUAUUGUUGUACUCUAAUGAUAUUUCAGAUUUAGUUUUUAGUUCA